UUUUAACUAUUAUUAGCUGCAAAGUAAGCCGGUGACAACGCAACAUCUCCUUUGUUUUAUCAUAUUUCCACAUUCUUUUUUAACUUUCUCUCUCUCUCCUCCUCAUCAUCAACAACAUCAUCAUCGUCAUCAACCACAACUUAAUUCAUUUUCAGCUAUUCCGAUCUGUAUUCGUAUCUCUUUCUCUCCCUCUCACUGUUCUUCUUCGUUGGUUUUAAAUUAACGAAACGAAAAUAAAAAUCGGAAAUUUAUUCAGCUAGUAGCACUCAAACCCGUAGAAUUUCUCUUUCCUUCUUGCUUCGUCUUUCCAGUUGUCCUUCUUUUUUACCCCCAUCUUGUAUUGAUUUCCCUUUCAGAUUCCCCACCCACAUAAUCCGCCCCCCCACCCCGUCUUCUUCUUCUUCUUCUUCUUCUUCUUCUUCUUCUUCUUCUUCUUCUUCAUCUCCUCUUUUGAUUCUUCUCGCUCUCUCUCUCUCACAGAAACUCCACCAUCCCUUCCCUCUUUCCCUCUCUAGCCCUUUUUCUGAAAGGGUAAGGGAGAGAUGAAGGAAGGAAACGACGAUAUAAUUAUUAUUGGAACUGAAAGGGUAUUAUAAUUUCCUGGAGAGAAUAGUCCUAUAGUGCCAGUACUUCUACUUGUAGUAACAAAGAAAAAGGAGGAAUUGAAAGAGAUAGAAGGAGGGGUUACGCACAAGUAUGCAGCAAGGAGGGACCCAAUAUGGGAUGUCACCGGAGAUGACGGCUUUCACUGGAACUGGAACUCGGAGCCACAUGGUCGGUGGAGUUUCUAGUGGUUCAGAUCACUUACAGCAGCAGCAGCAGCAGCAGCAACAACAACUACUGCAGCAGCAGAAGAAAUCUGGGGAUGCAGCAAUUGUGGUAGCUGAAGCAGCAUCGCCGAUCAGUAGUCGACCACCUUCAGUUACCCGUUCAUCAGGGAAUUUCGAGGAAUUGGUUCCAGUUUCCGGAGGAUUCCCAGAUGACGACGCGCUUGCUGGGGAGGAAGCGGAGAGGGGAGUGGCCGGAGGGAACAGGUGGCCACGUCAAGAGACUUUGGCAUUACUGAAAAUUAGGUCGGAGAUGGAUUCUGCCUUCCGUGAUGCCACCCUCAAGGGUCCUCUUUGGGAAGACGUCUCCAGGAAGCUAGCUGAGCUGGGUUAUGUGAGGAGUGCCAAGAAAUGCAAGGAGAAGUUCGAAAACGUCCACAAAUACUACAAGCGAACCAAGGAAGGGCGAGCUGGGCGUCAAGACGGCAAGAGCUAUAGGUUUUUCAGCCAGCUUGAGGCUCUUCAUACCAACAGCAGCGGCAGCAACAAUAUCGCCACAUCCGUCAUGCCUGCCGCCACCACCACCGCGACCACCAAUCCUAGUUCAACGGCGGCUCCUGCUCCAAUCACAAUGGGAGGCAGAAAUCCAAUGGUGGGCUCCACUGGAAGAGUUCAAGCACCACAGGUUUCAGCCAGCCCAGCCACAGACACUACUCAGAUCGGAGUGCCCCGAGUAAGCCCUUCGGAUUUGGGUGCUGCUGCGACGGCCAGUGCUGCCGCUACCACAACAGGGAUCAGCUUCUCUUCUAACACAUCGUCUUCCUCUUCAGACUCCGAGGAUGACUUGGAGGCUGGAGGACCCUCCAAUACGGAUAGCCGAAAGAGGAAGCGGGGAUCAAGGGGUGGCAGCAGUAGAAUGAUGUCCUUCUUCGAAGGGCUGAUGAAACAGGUGAUGGAGAGACAGGAGGCCAUGCAGCAAAGGUUCCUGGAGACCAUAGAGAAGAGGGAGCAAGACAGAAUAAUAAGGGAAGAGGCUUGGAGGCGACAGGAGAUGGCGAGGCUGACCCGGGAACACGAGAUCAUGGCUCAGGAACGCGCCAUCUCCUCCUCAAGGGAUGCAGCCAUCAUCUCUUUCUUACAGAAGAUCACUGGCCAAACCAUCCAAUUUCCCCCGCCCAUAUCGAUACCUGCCGCCCCACCACCCCAGCCGAUCAUAACACAUCCACCGCCGUCCCAACAUCAACAUCAGCAGCAGCAGCAGCAGCCACAGCCUCAGCCUCAGCCUCAGCAACAGCAACAACCACCGCAACCUCACCAUCAGCAUCACCAAUCUCAAAGCGCCGAAAUCGUCCGCCAUCAACCGGCUUCAUCGGAGGUGAUUAUAGCUAUCCCGGAGCAGCAAGUGCCUCAGGAGAUGAGUAGCGGUGGUAGGGGCGGGAGUUUCGAUCCAACCUCUUCUAGGUGGCCGAAAGCCGAAGUUCAUGCACUAAUCAAGAUGAGGAGUGGGCUUGAAUCGAGGUACCAAGAAGCUGGACCAAAGGGUCCAUUGUGGGAAGAGAUCUCUGCAGGGAUGCAGCGGAUGGGUUACAACAGAAGCGCCAAGAGAUGCAAGGAGAAAUGGGAGAAUAUCAACAAGUACUUCAAGAAGGUGAAGGAGAGCAACAAGAAACGCCCUGAAGAUGCCAAGACCUGCCCUUAUUUCCACCAACUUGAUGCCCUCUACAGGAAGAAAAUACUUGGCAGCAGUAGUGGCAGUACCAGCUUUGGGAACCAGAACAGGCAAGAAGAACAACCACAGCAGCUGGAGACAAUGGACCCGAGUCCAACAACCACUAAUUUGCCAGAAAGGGGUAAUGCCUUGACGAUCAUGUCACUGCCACCAUCAAACCAAACCUCUGAAACAGAAGACAAUAAGAACAACAACAACAAUAAUAAUAACGGUGGAUCUACUACAGAGGUGCAGACAAGUAAUGGAGGUCUGCCGCCGGGAACCGCAAUGAAGAAGCCAGAAGACCUUGUGAAGGAGCUGAUGGAGCAGCAGCAGAAGCAACAAGAACAGUCUGUAAUGGAUGAUUAUGAUAAACUAGAGGAACCAGACAGCGAUAAUCUAGAUCAAGAGGACGACGACGAUGACGACGACGACGACGAUGAAGAUGAAGAAGCAGAAGAAGAGAGGAAGAUGGCCUACAAAAUACAGUUCCAGAACGGGGGCUCCGCGAAUGGAGGGAAUGCAGCAAGCACCUUCAUGGCCAUGGUUCAAUAGUUUCUCUUUCCUUCUGUAUUGUCGGUUAUGGGUUUCGUUCGCCCUAGCUUAGCUCCUUCUUCGGUCCCUCAUCAUCAUCAUCUUCAGUCCAGACAUUUGUACCAUAUGUACCAAUCUCAAUAUUGAUUGACGCCCAAGCUCAAUAGCCUUAAGUUCGUCUUCACUUCAUCUUUUUUUUUUUUUUUUUUUUUCCCUACUUUCUCUAGAAUAGAGGUCUUAGGUAGGUAAGUCUCGUGAUAAGAUGGAGAAUCCUGGAAGUUGAUUGCUUCAAUCCCUUUUGCCAUUUUUAUUGAUUUGUUGUGAAUAAGGGUCCACUUCAAAAUGGGACGCAAUUGAAAGAAUGAGAGGAAGAGAGGAAAAUAAGCCUGCUCAGAAGCAGCAGCAGCAGCAGCAGGAGAAGUAGCAGCAGAAGAGGAAGAACAAAGAAGCAUAGAUAGUUUUCUUCUUGUGGGAAAGGUACCUGCGGAAAGGAUUGGAACAUCGGAGGCAAAAGAAGCAGCAGCAGCAGAAUUCUUCAGAAUCUUUGCUUGGUUUGGAUGAAGGAAGUUUUAUUUUUAUUUUUUUUUCUUUUUUAAUUUUAAUUGUUGGUCUUUAAAUUUAUUAUUUAUCAUUUGUUCAAAAGUCUUUUUUUUUCCUUGUUUAAUUUUGUUAUUAUCAUGUAACUUCUCUUAUUUGUUAUUAUUGUUGACAUGUUAAAUGUUGUCAUGGUCGUUUACCUUGUUUCUGUGAAUUGGGCUUAGACUUGAGACUUGUGUCAGUUGAAAGAAAAAAAAGAAGAGAAGAGGGAAAGAAAGAAGAAAUGGUAGUGGGGACAAAGGGGGGGUGCUGCUGGGUGGAGCAGAAUUUCAUUUUUUCCUUUCUGAA